AUGCACUUAAAGCAACUAAACUCAGCUCGCCUUGAAGGAGAUAACAUUAUGGUAAUUGAAAAGAAAAAUUCCCAAUUAGAUGGGUCUGAAAUAGUGCUGCUGACUGAUGGGGAGGACAGCACUGCAGGUAGUUGUGUUGAGACUGUGAAGCAAAGUGGGGUCAUCCUUCAUCUUCUUGCUUUGGGACCAGAUGCUGCUAUAGCAGUAAUACAGAUGAGCGAUAUAACAGGAGGAAAACAUUUGUAUGCUACAGAUACAGCUGAAAACAAUGGCCUCAUUGAUGCUUUUGGGUCCCUUACAUCAGAAAAUGCCAAUCCCACCCAGAAAGCACUUCAGCUGGAAAGUAAGGGAUCAACACUGAACAGUGAUUCCUGGAUGAAUGACACUGUAAUCAUUGACAGCACCGUGGGAAAGGACACAUUCUUUCAAGUCACAUGGAGCAAACAGCCUCCCAAAAUUUCUCUCUGGAAUCCCAGUGGAACACCAGUCACAAAUUUCAUAGUGGACACUGCUUCCAAAAUGGCCUAUCUUACUAUUCCAGGAACUGCACAGGUGGGCAUUUGGACUUACCAUCUUCAGGCCAAAGCAGACUCAGAAAUACUAACUAUGACAGUGACUUCUCGGGCAGCAAGUUCUUCUGUGCCUCCGAUCACAGUGAAUGCUAAAAUGAAUAAAAACUCCAACAGCUUCCCCAACCCAAUGAUUGUUUACGCAGAAGUUCUACAGGGCUACAUACCUAUCAUUGGAGCCAGUGUGACAGCUAUCAUUGAAUCAAACAGUGGAAAAUCAAAAGUUUUGGAACUUUUGGAUAAUGGAGCAGGUGCUGACGCUUUCAAAAAUGAUGGAGUCUACUCCAGGUAUUUUACAGCUUAUUCAGACAAUGGCAGAUAUAGCUUAAAAGUGAGGGCUCAUGGAGGAACAAACUCUGCCAGGCAAAGCUUACAGCAUCCAGCAAAUAGAGCCGCCUUCAUACCAGGCUGGAUAGUGAAUGGGGAAAUCAAGCGGAACCCACCAAGACCUGAAACUGAUGAUGCUCAGACAGUGCUGGAGAGUUUCAGCAGAACAGCAACUGGAGAUGCGUUUGUGAUGUCAGAUGUUCCCAGUGGUCCAUUGCCUGACCUGUUCCCACCAAGUCAAAUCACAGACCUUCAUGCCACACUCGAUGGGGACAACAUCAAUCUAACAUGGACAGCACCAGGAGAUGAUUUCGAUGUUGGAAUAGUUCAAGAGUAUAUCAUAAGAAUAAGUGGGAAUAUCAUUGACCUAAGGGACAAUUUUGAUGAUGCUCUUCAAGUUAACACUUCUGACCUGGUACCAAGGGAGGCCAACUCUGAGGAAACCUUUGUUUUUAAACCAGGAAAAAUCUCAGAAGAAAAUGCAACCCACAUAUUCAUUGCCAUUCAAAGUGUAGACGAAAGCAAUUUGACAUCAAAAUCAUCCAACAUUGCACAAGUGGCUCUGUUUGUCCCUCAAGGAGAUCCGAGUCCUGAUCCAAACUACCCCAGUCCUGGAAGCAAUCCUAGUUCUGGAGUUAAUAUUACAACUUUGGUGUUGUUAGUGGUAGGGGCUGUGGUAGUUGUUACCAUUAUUGUAAGUGCCACUAUUUGUUUCUUAAAUAAAAGAAAUUCUUCAAGGAGACCUAGAACAGCAUUUUAA